AUGGAGGACAACGACGACGACACGAAGCAGGGCACUGCCAAGCCCGGAACCCACGAUAUAUGGCCAUGCCUCAAAACCGCUAUGGCAUCCCUCGAGUGUGGCAAGGCAUUUCGCUUCGACACCCGCGGCGACUUGGUCCUCAAGGUCGGCAAUGGUAUCGCCUACGAGUUCGUCGUUUGCUCUCGUACGAUCGCCCGGUGGUCUUCCGUCUUUCGCGCCAUGCUCUUCAGUGGCUUCGCCGAGUCCGAGCCGACUGGCUCUACCUGGAUCGUCGACCUCCCGGAGGACCAGCCCUCGCCGCUCUUCAUCAUCCUCAGCAUCGCACACGGCUACUUCGAAAAUGUGCCAAAAUCUCUCAGCCAAAACCAUCUCUACCAAGUUUUGGUCGUGACUGAGAAGUACGACAUGACAAAGAUUCUGCGCCCGUACGCGGCGACAUGGUUCGAGCCGUACAAGAGAGUUGGAGAUAUUGAAGGCAGUGAGAUUCGUCUUUGGAUUUCCUGGGAGCUAGGACACGAAAAGACUUUCUCCCGGCUCGCAAGGCUUCUGUUUAUGGAAUCGCGAACGAACAAAGAUGGAGAGCUCGUAGACAGUGAAGGGGUUCCCCUCACGUCAUACAAUUGCCUGGAGCCUCCUGGCAUCAUCGGCAAGUUGAAGUUCUCCCAAGACCGUUGA